UAACUCUUGCCGAAACUUACGAAGACGAAUGUUUUUGAAGAGCUUACAUGAUUGCCUUGAGUUAUGUCUGGGAGCUCUUGAUGAAACCGUUUCAUUUUUUGGCUGUUAUCUUCAAUCUUGAGAAGGGGGAUUUUAAGUCAAGUUCUAUAUUAAGCCCUCCCCGUGCAGAAAUUAAUGUCGUUAUCUCAACUUUUUCAAUGAGAAGAAGUUAGAUUUUGAGAUUACUCUGACCUAAGCGAGGAAUGUUACUCUUUUUUAUUCGGACCUGGGUUGACUCUUAUUAAAGUUUAUAAGAAAUUAGUCAGGGGACAACCGUCCGGUCCGCCCGGUGUAUUAUUUAAUUUAUGUGAUUUCACUAGUUUGUGAAUUCUCCCUUUGAGUUUGCGAAUUUGCUUUUUAUUAUUUUUGCAAUUUUUUUUCGUGAUAAUUUUUCAUAUAUUUCAAAAGUCAGAUCUGUAAUAUAUUUUCUUUAUCAACCGUUUAAGUAAAUAGCUACGUGAAAAAGGUUAGAUAAAAUGAUUCUUUCAGGACAAACUUGUACAAAAUUUCUCGCCAAACUCAGUUUUUUCCUUGUAAUUGGUGUAGGUGCAAAUAAUGAUUACAACAAAGUAUCAAAUGGACUUGACCGUCCACCACCUCCUUGCAACAUGCCACUCUGGUGCAACAGUGAUCUUUUCAAACAAAUGUCCCUGUACGAGCAUGACACUUAUGCGUACAUGCACAAAAAACUUCUACAUCCCCAAGCAGAAAUACUGAGGGACUAUGACGUAGAAGUAGAGAAGAAUGAAGGGAACCCUCUAUCAAGAUCUCAGCUCCAAACUUUUAUCGACAAGAACAUGGAAGAUACCCGAUCAGAAAUUGUUGAAUUUCUACCUUCUGAAUACAAAGAGGAAACCGAUCUAAUGGGACGCGUAAAAUCCCCCGAAUACCGCGAGUUCUUACGGGCGCUUCAAAAAAUUUGGAAACUCCUUCUCCGGAAGGUUUCGUUGGAUGUAAAGGAACACGAGGACCGCUAUUCUCUGAUCUACAUCGAGGAAGGAUUCAUCGUUGCCGGGGGACAUUUCAGGGAGCUGUACUACUGGGACACAUACUGGGUUAUCAACGGCCUCUUGCUCAGUGACAUGCCCGAAACAGCGAAAGGUAUCAUCGAGAACUUUUUGGCCCUGAUCAAACGUUUUAAGUUCAUCCCCAAUGGAACCCGAGUUUAUUAUUUGAAUCGCUCACAGCCUCCAUUGCUACCGAGGAUGGUGAAUUCUUACGUGCAAGCGACUAAAAAUUACGACUUCAUCCGUGCCAAUCUACAGGUCAUCACAGAUGAGUUUGAGUGGUGGCUUCAAAAUAGGCAAGUGAAGUUUGUAAAAGGCGGUAAAAGCUACGAAAUGUUCCAGUACAAAGUGCCCGCCACGGGUCCGCGCCCAGAAUGCUAUUGGAAUGACUACUCAGUUGGUGAUUCAAUUCAAUCAGAGGAUGAGCGGGACCGCUUUUAUUCGAACAUCAAAUCUGCCACUGAAAGUGGUUGGGACUUUUCUUCUCGCUGGUUCGAUGAGGACUAUGGAAGAGCGAAUGGUUCACUUUUAGAUUUGAAACCAACCACAGUGGUACCAGUAGAGCUUAACGCGAUAUUGGAGGAGAAUGCAAGAUUUCUUAGUGAGUGGUGGCAUCUUGUCAAUGACACUAAGAUGGAGGAAAAAUACGCACAGAUUGCCGACGAACUUCUUCAAUCAAUUCAUGAGGUACUGUGGCGUAGUGAUCUUGGCUGUUGGUUUGAUUGGGAUCUGAAGAACGAGAAGCACCGAGAGGAUUUUUACCUGUCAAAUAUCACUCCUUUGUGGACGCAAAGCUACUCCUUGAGCAAAAAAGUCGUUUCGGAGAAGAUAAUUCAGUAUCUUAAGCGUAGUGGCAUUUUGUGUAAAAAUGGGCUACCAAAGUUUAUAGCAAUCCCGACGUCCUUGAUCCAGUCUGGUCAUCAGUGGGAUUAUCCGAACGCAUGGGCCCCAUUGCAAUCAUUUUUGAUCAAUGGACUCAUCAAUCUACGCACUGCGAAGGCUGAGAAAAUCGCUCUUCAACUUGCUCAAAAUUGGGUCUACACAACAUACGUUGGCCACAAAAACACUACAUUUAUGUUUGAGAAGUAUGAUGCCGUUCAGAUUGGAAAGACUGGUGGAGGUGGAGAAUACGCUCCUCAAACUGGUUUUGGUUGGACGAACGGUUUCGUGAUACAAUUGCUCGGCACGUAUCCUGAAAAGUUGUCCCCUACCGCCAGCAAAACAUGCUAGCAUCUCUUAAACCCCUUAAAAUUCCACAUGUAAAUAGAUCUGUAAUACACGGGAACAACAUGUUUUACGGUCCUUGCAUCAGUUGAGCACCAAAAGGUGGAGUAUGCACCGGAAAAACUCAUAUGCUGCUAUAAGUGCUAUACUCCGAAGGUAUUUAGGAAGUCAAAAUUGGCUUGACUGCCUCUGCUGUUGAGUCUGCAUUUCUAGGUUGUGAAUGUUCACCAGAAACAUUUUUGCCUUACAAAAUGCUAUUUCAGCAUGUUAGUUGGUCCAGUGAGUACUUAGACCAAAACUCAUCUAUAUUAUACAGCUACAAGCAAAAUCUUGGAAGCACUAUUUCUGACGAACUGCCGUACCGAUAAGGAUGAUCUUUACAUGUAUGUCAUCUGUAGUAGAUGUAGCUGUGCAAAAAAUUAUGAA